UGCACUGACCGAGUGCACCUCCUGCCACUGAAGUGUGCCCUGCGGAAGCCCGUGCUUCCCUCGCCCAACCUGUUAGGUGCUGCCCUCCGCGAACAUGUCCAAGUCUUUGAAAAAGUUGGUGGAGGAGAGCCGGGAGAAGAACCAGCCGGAAGUGGACAUGAGUGACCGGGGCAUCUCCAACAUGCUGGAUGUCAACGGCUUGUUCUCCUUAUCCCACAUCACACAGCUGGUCCUCAGCCACAACAAGCUAACAAUGGUGCCACCAAACAUAGCAGAGCUGAAGAAUUUGGAAGUGCUCAACUUUUUUAAUAACCAGAUUGAGGAGCUGCCCACACAGAUCAGCAGCCUUCAGAAGCUGAAACACCUGAACUUGGGCAUGAAUAGACUAAACACUUUGCCUCGAGGAUUUGGCUCUCUCCCAGCUCUUGAGGUCCUUGAUUUGACUUACAACAACUUGAAUGAACAUUCUCUUCCUGGAAACUUCUUCUACCUUACCACCCUGCGUGCACUCUAUCUAAGUGACAACGAUUUUGAAAUCCUGCCGCCAGAUAUUGGGAAGCUCACAAAGUUGCAGAUACUCAGCCUUAGGGAUAACGACCUGAUCUCGCUGCCUAAAGAAAUCGGGGAGCUCACUCAGCUUAAGGAACUCCACAUUCAGGGGAAUCGCCUGACGGUUCUGCCCCCAGAACUAGGAAACUUGGAUUUAACUGGUCAGAAGCAAGUGUUCAAAGCAGAGAACAAUCCCUGGGUGACCCCAAUUGCUGACCAGUUCCAGCUUGGAGUGUCCCAUGUUUUUGAAUAUAUCCGUUCUGAGACGUACAAGUACCUCUACGGCAGACACAUGCAAGCAAACCCAGAACCGCCGAAGAAAAAUAAUGACAAAUCGAAAAAGAUCAGCCGGAAACCCCUGACAGCCAAGAACAAAUAAAGGGUUGGCAUGGGCUG